AAGAAUCACAUUUCACCUCAUCGUACAGUAACUCGAGAGAAACAAGCUAACGUGGAUCAAGUAUAUGUGCCAUUUAUUUGCCCAAAUUUGGAGCUUCCUAAGCUAUAGUUUCUUAUUCCCUCCCCCUUGCUCCCAAAACUAAAGAAGAAAACAACACAAAAGGAGAGGGCACAGAGAAUUGGUGAUCAAGAGGAAAAUCUUUAAACAUGAGCAGCUAUAGACCUUAUAAUUUAACACCAAAUGAGAAUUGGAGUCCUGAACAGUGGCAUGAUUCUACUUCACAUGAACCUGAGCACAGCAACAGGAACACAUGGCAACCCAUUUUCCCUCAUCCUACACCUCCCCGAAAUAUCCCUCACAAUUAUAGACGUGUCGUUCAUGAUCCAUGGUUGCCUGUAACAGAGAGACCAAUUCCAGUACCUCAUGGUGCAACCAGUUAUCCAUAUCCAGGUCAACCACGACGUAGACCAUCUCAUCCUCCUGUCCGAGUUCUAGUCCACGACGAUGACAUUCCAAGACAUGCACCAUAUCCUAGGCCAAGCCAACCUCCAUUUGAAUCUCCUCCUCCUUGGUUUCUGCAGAACCAGCCACAAAACCGGGAUGAAUCCAAAUUGAGCUCAGAUGAGCAAAAGUCUGCCUUGAAUAAGCUCAAGAAAGAAAUCUACAAUCCUGUACAAACAAAAGUUGCAAGACAAGUAAGCCUUUAUUUUAGAGGUUUGAAAAAUAACAUGAAUAAUACUACCAAUGAAUCGAAAAAGGACAACGACGAAGAUGGUAAAAGAUGUGCCAUUUGCUUGGAAGAUUUUGUGCCUAAAGAAAUGGUGACAGUAACUCCAUGCAGUCACAUGUUCCAUGAAGAUUGUAUUGUUCCAUGGGUGACGAGCCAUGGCUCGUGUCCUGUUUGUCGCUUUGCAAUUUGUGAACGGAUGAAACAAAGCACAGACUCAUCUGUCAGGACUACUGAAAUCACAAUGCCACAUGAUCUAAUGGUGGAAAGGGGCCUGAUUUCCAUAAUGAGAGCAUUUGAUGAGAAUUUUGAAUUGGAUCAGAUUAGAUCCAUUCUCUUACCAAGAUUAACCAGAGGCUAGAUGGGGUUGCUUAGUUUUUUAGGCUAAUGUACUUG